GGUCCGGUGCGGCGAGCCCGGCCAGAGAGAGGCCGGCGCGCAAGGUGGGAGGCCGCGUGCGCAUGCGGACCCGCGCGGGGCCGGUGCGACACAGCGGGCGGGCCAGACAGUGCGCCUGUGCAGCCCGCGCAUCCCGAUGGAGCGCAGCGGUGGGAACGGCGGCGGCGGCGGCGGCGGCGGCGGAGGAGGAGGAGGAGCGGGAGCCCCCUCGGAAGGGGCUGCCAAGGGCUUGUCGCUGCUGCCGGCCAAGUCCGCGGAAGCGGCCUCCGGGAGAGCCUCCCAGUCCACCCCGCGGUCCGCAGGAAUGGAUGGAUUUUUAAAAUCAGAUGAGAGACAAAGAUUAGCCAAAGAGAGACGAGAAGAAAGAGAAAAAUGUCUGGCUGCUCGGGAACAACAGAUCUUAGAGAAACAGAAGAGAGCCAAGCUUCAGUAUGAGAAACAAAUUGAGGAGCGAUGGAGAAAACUUGAGGAGCAGCGCCAACGGGAGGAUCAGAAGAGGGCAGCAGUGGAAGAGAAGAGGAAGCAGAAGCUCCGGGAAGAAGAGGAGCGCCUGGAAGCAAUGAUGCGCCGGUCCCUGGAGCGUACACAGCAGCUAGAGCUGAAGAAGAAGUGUUCAUGGGCAGGAUCACCAGGGCCUGGCGGACGUGAUGCUCUCGGGAGCCCUCUCAAAUCUUCAUACAAGUCUUCUCCAACCCGGACCACUGAGAAAAAGAAGAAUACGCCUAUAUCUGCCAUGGGAGAUGCUGGGAAGGGAGCCAUGGCUGGAGGAGAGCCUUCACAGAUGGAGAAAAUGAAGAAGGGGCGAGUGGCAACUUCUGCUUCUUCUGGGGGUCAUGGGUCCCCACUGAGAAGAUGCGAGCCUCCUGAAGACAUUUCCAAGAGGUUGUCUUCUCCUGUGAAAUCCAAGAUAACUUCAAAAACAUAUCCACAGUCACCAAAGACAGCGAAGCCCACGUACUUAGGGUCUCCUGUGAAGUUUUACUUUCCACCCAUUGCAAAUGAAGAAACACCAAAGAAGAAGGCAGAGAAGGAGAAAAGUAACAAGGAAAAGGAAGGUGCCCCUGGUCAGCAGAGCACUGUCCUACCUAGAGAAGAAACCCUAGAGAAGCGCAUGGCUAACAAGUAUGCCACCGAGAAGUAUGUAGCAGAUAAGCAUGCGACUGAGAAACAGUCUGCCCCUGGAGGGAAGGCUGAGCACAGUGCAGGAAAACCCACAGCAGGUACCACUGAUGCAGGAGAGGCUGCAAAGAUCCUAGCUGAAAAGAGACGUCAGGCUCGGCUACAGAAGGAACAAGAGGAGCAAGAACGACUGGAAAAGGAAGAACGAGAAAGGCUGGAAAAAGAGGAAUUGAAAAGAAAGGCAGAAGAGGAAAGGCUGCGCAUAGAAAUGGCCUAUAAACAAGAACAGGAAAAAAAACGGCAGGAGGAAGAAGAGAAAAGAAAGGCAGAAGAGAAGGCAAAAGAGAAGGCUGAGGAGGAGCUCUUGUCAAAAGAGAAGCAAGAAAAGGAAAAACAAGAAAAAGAAAAGAAGGAAAAAGCCAUGAUUGAAAACCAGAAAGAAGCAGCAGAAGCAAAGGCACAGGAUGCUGCCAAUCAGAUGCGUUUAGAAAGAGAACAGAUUAUGCUGCAGAUUGAGCAGGAACGACUGGAGAGGAAGAAGAGAAUAGAUGAAAUCAUGAAGAGAACAAGGAAGAGUGAUGCGUCUCUAGAAGUGAAGAAGGAAGACCCCAAAGUGGAGCUGCAGCCUCCUCCAGAUGUUGAAAAUAAAGCAAAACCAGUUGUCCCCAACAAAAUAGAAAUCAAUGUGUUGAACACCUGCCAGAAAGUAAGUGGCUCAGAGCGUGCUGCUCCAGAAACCUUUCCCCAAGACAUUUUUUCUACUGGUCUGAAACCAGUUGGGGGACCUGUUCAUCUGGAUGUCCUUGAUGGGAAAUCAAACAGUCUGGAUGAUUCAACUGAAGAAGUUCAGUCUAUGGAUGUGAGUCCUGUUUCCAAAGAAGAACUUAUCUCCAUCCCAGAGUUUUCACCAGUGAGUGAAAUGAUUCCUGGGAUGUCUCUGGACCAAAAUGGAACUGGUAAUGCCCGGGCACUUCAAGAUAUCUUAGAUUUCACUGGCCCUCCCGCAUUCCCCAAGAAAUCCAGUGAAAACCUCAGCCUUGAUGACUGUAACAAAAACCUCAUCGAAGGAUUUAACAGUCCCGGGCAAGAGACUACUCUGAACACCUUCUGUUGACAAAGACAGCGUUCCUUUACUGAAAGGUGGCGUUUGGAUCCCCCUUGAAGCUGUCGGUGUUACGUCUGAGCUGCUGGCCACCUAGAGAAGCUGCUUUUGCCCUUAACUGCUGGGUUCCAAAUUCUAGAUUCCAAAUGGAACUGUAGUCCUAGGUAGUUUGGCAACCACUGGCCUCUCUUAGUAGAAACUUUGCGAUUUUUGCUUUGUGGGGCUUUAGCAGAGUUUCAUUUUAUGGUUCUCCUUAUGAGCUUCAGCUGCUGCUAAAGCCCUUCCUUGACCUUCUCUACUAUCAUAGCCUGUGUGAUGCUGUCUGGGAACCCUACUUUAGGACACUCGAAUUCCCAGAGAUGGAGCACAGAGACAUUUAGAUGUCUCUUUCUAGAAAAACCUUCUAUUUACCCACACUCUAGUUAAAUGUGUACUACUCAACCUGGCUGCUUCUCUCCCUGUCUUUUGUGUGUGUGUAUGGGGUGAGGGAAAUCUAGCUACUUUCUCCCCGUCUCAGGUUUCUGUUAUUUUAUUAUUAAGCUUCAUCAUCUGCAGAGCAUUACUCUCCUUUACUGUUUAGGGGUUGAAGAAAUGUUUGGUUGAAUGAAUAAUUAAAUAGUGGCAAUUAUUUCUUUUCCCUUAUGGGAACUGAAUCUAGCAAGGACCCUUUCAUGUCACCCCUUUAAAAUCGCCAAAUUGUUGCUCCAAACCAUUGAAUGGCUUUUCAGCUGAAUGAAUCAAGUAGCAUACAGGUGGUUAUUUUCAUGGUUUUGCUGUUGUUUUUCUAUUAGAUCUUGGAAUUUUCUUUUGUUUGCUCCUGCAUUUGACUAACUGUAAUAAAAAAGUCAGUGCUUUGAAAGGGGGCCCCAAGUUGGUCCCAGUAUGUCACUUUAAUAGACUUUAAACAUUAAAAAGUCUGAACAAGGAAAAUGACACUAGAAUGUAUAACUCCAUGUAUGCCAUAUGCUAUAUUUAAAUGUUUCAUUUCUUGUGGUGAAAUGUAGCUUUAUUAUUAAAAUGACCUUUUCUUUGGAACUUUUUGUUUUGACUUGUACCUUAAAGCUUUUGAAAAGAUCCUUAAUUGUGAGAAUUACAAACAGAGGAUAUAAAGAAGUCUUAAAGCUGGUACAGUUGAUGAAUGUAUUAGUCUCAGAAGCUAUGUAUGUUUAUGUGAUAGAAUCUAAAUAAAAUACAGACAUCUAAGAAUGCUGUGCCAUUGACCUUGAUGAAUAUCUAAGGAGAUAAAUAUUUUAUGAUAAGCACACAGAUAAUAACAUGGUCUGACAUCCAAAAAACUACCUGGCCAUUUUUCUUAAAGCUUUAUUUUGCUAAGUGUCUGUUUCAUUGAGUUCCAUUGCACCUCUCAACACAAUUGUGAUCACCUGAUGCCUCAUUUGCAGGAUGUGUACAUUCGGUUUAAUGUUAAUACAUCGUCAUU